GAGAGACUCGGGUCUUUCCGUUCGCAGUCGGAAGCAGAGCCGAGAGCUCUUGACUGUUCGGCACUAGAGACACAUCAAUCGGGUCCUGGCUUGCGGUUUGAGAUUGUUUACAUUUAGUCGACCAACUGAGAGAGAAAGUGAUCUGCUGUGCUGCAGAAAUGGACACCGCUGAUCAGGUGAGUGAAACUGCGACUGCGAAGAUGAUUUUGAUUCAGAAAUGUGUGUUCACCUGCUAAAUUGGCCAGCGUCUGCUUAAUUGGUUGUUGGCAUUGAAACGCUUUUAUCCCCCUCUGUGUCAUUUCGCAGCUGGCAUCUGCGGGGACAUUUCAAGUGCUAAAAUUACCUCUGGGAUUCAUCCGUGUGUUGGAAUGGGUGAGUUUGUAUUUGAUUGUUAAUGCAUUUGAUAACUUCAUCAUACAUUAAUGAAAAAUUGGUGAAUUUUGUAAUGUGGGAUGAGAUGAGCGUGUGUGCAAGUUUGUGUGAUAUAGCAUUAAGUGAGCAUCUGAUUCUGCCAUGAUACAUUCACGCAUCACACUGCCACAGCUAAAGUUAACUGCAUCUGUAAGCUGUGUGUGUGUGUGUGUGUGUGUGUGUGUGUGUGUGUGUGUGUGUGUGUGUGUGUGUGUGUGUGUGUGUGUGUGUGUGUGUGUGUUUGUUGGCGGGUGUCUAUUCUAUCACUGAGGGAUCUUGACAGCAAUCAUUAGGGCUUUGAUCCGUUUCACCAUAACGAAAUGGCUCCAGUCUGUGCAAUGAUUCAUGGCACCAUGUGAACUUCUCCUAAGGAGAGAGUGCUGAGUAGCCUUUUUAUGGAUGUGUAUUUUGGAUGAUUUGUGCCAUCCAUGUGGGUUCUGCGCUAAAAAAAGACUAUUUAGUAAAAUAUUAUAACAGGACCCAACAGUAAAGACUCAUUCUCCGAGCUCUGAUUGAAUCAAAGCUUCACCUCCUCUCUCUAUGACUGGGCGCCGUUUGAAGUCUGUCCUGUUUAUUGUACAGUGCAGAGAAGCCUGAAGGCAAAGAAAGAUAAGUGAUUUUCUUUGAUGCGAGUUUAGAGAAAAUACUGUAGCCAUAAGGGUGUUCAGCUUGAAUAGAUAGGGUGUGUGUGUGUGUGUGUGUGUGUCUAGCCCACUUUUAUAAAUGCCAUCAAAUGUGCAGCGAAUCCUGCAGCAGCAGAGCAUUUGCUGCUUCAUAAAAAAAAAAAUUAAAACAUGUUUGUAGGGGAGAGUGGGGUAGGAUGAGCCAUUUUUCAUAUUUUGGAUCAUUACAUCAAGGCAAUCAUAGUUUUGUCUCUAAUUAGUGUAUCUGCAUGUAUUUCAAGAUGUUGUGCAUUCCUGCAAACCAACAGAACAAGUGUAAACAUAGCUGUCUUGAUAAUAUAGCAUGGCAAAAAAGUGGUCUCCUAUGGUCAAUUUACCCUGUAUAUGGGGUAAGUUGACCAUAGGAGUGGGGUAAGUUGAGCCGUAUCUCUACUACCCCCCCAUCAAUCAAUCAAUCAAAUUUUAUUUAUAUAGCGCCAAUUCACAACAGUCGUCAUCCCAAGACGCUUUCCAAAGAAAAACAGCAGGUCUAGACCACACUCAUUCACGCUCUCCACCCCAGCCCUCCCUCACCUUCUCUCUCCCUAAAUAACAGUCACUUCUUCAUAUUCAUGUGUAUUUUUAUCUAUUAUAUGCUAUUCAACUAGUACAAUAAUUAUUUUUAUUAUUAUUGCAUAUAACUGCUAAGAAGCUGUUUUGUAAAAAGCCAUUUGAACAUGCGAAUGUCUUUAAGUGGUUCAGAACAUUCACAGCUGUAUUUUUGAAAAGAAAAAGUAACACAUUUCUACAAUCUGAACUGAACCACUGGCUCAACUUACCCCAGAACUACUAUUAUGACUUUAUUAGUGCUCUAAGCUAAAAUGGUGGACUUUUAUGCUAGGUUUUUGACCUCUUGUUGUAGCUCAUAGAUACCACAAUUGAUGAAUAAAAUAAAUUUCAAAUGAUCUUUUUUGGUUUGAACACAAUUCUAAUAAAACUUAUGACAGACUAAAUUCACUUUCAAUAGUGAAAGAUGUUUUUCUGGAAAUAAAUGUCUAACCCCUUCACCCAUGUGCUUCUAACCUUCACAGACUCUAUGAAUUGAUGCUCAUCUCCUAAAUAUUUGGUCACAUGAUCAAUUUCUUUUACCAUUUCCAAGCAACAGGGGGUGGCUCAACUUACCCUUUGGCUCAACUAACCCCACUCUCCCCUAUAUGAUUUGUCCUUUCUAACAAGCAAAUCUCACUUUGCCCAGACACAUGAUAUUUUAGCUGAGAUAAUAAGGCAGAUGUCUAUUAGUAGGGUGAGUCCUAGUGAGUGUCCCUUUCAGCUGUUUGUCUGUAACCAGAUUCAAGUUGAUAUUUGUGGGCCAAAGAGCAGGCAGAUGAUCCAAAGCACCAUCUGUAUGAGUAAGAUAGCACUCUGUAAAAGCUCCUUUCAUGUGUGUUAUCGUUGCUCUGUGUAUGUUCGUGUGUGUUCAUGUUAGAAUGGUGGAGGGCAACAUUAGUUAUUGCAUGAGCAUGAUUGCACACCAUCCAGUAAUCACCCAAAGUGUCCACAUAGUAGAUAGUAUUGUCCACAGUUAACUUUACAACCCCCUUCUAACAGAUAAUACAACUUUGCUGUUUGCUUACAGUCAGUGAUUUAGCAGCCGAUUCUGUCAUAACAAACUGGAGGAUGUCUCUGUUAUUCUCAUUAGACCUAAACUUCACAACCUCUUUCUAUGCACACACAAACCUGGGGGGGCAUCACCAGCACAUCUUCAUGGUACUGUUAUAAAAGUGACCUUUUUCUAUGCCCAUGGCGGAAAAAAAGAGAAAAUUUCCAACUUCUUAAGGCCAGUGGGUCCUUAAAAAUGCAAAAACAUUUACAUAAUGACCAAGGUUUUCUGAUUUAUUCUGUAGCACCAGCAGUGAAUGCUGUGGACCAAUCCUCUCCGAAGCCAUGACUCCCCAGUGAGAAGGCACAGUCAAAGGCUACAAACACACACGUAUAGAUACUUUUGUAUUUAUAAAAAUACAAAAUGACUUCCACCUUGGAAGUCACUUUCAAAAACCUUCAUGCUCAGUUACCUCAAGUUCAGGACAAAACACAGAAAAAAUUACUAUUUUCAAAAAAUAUCCUCACCUGAUUUAGUCACAAAAAACGAAGCGGUGUUCCUGUUAUUAUCACUAGACCUGGGCGUUUUAUCACUCGACAAGUGGACCCAAACUUCACAGCAAACAGCCUUCUUGCCCCAUGUUUGUAUAUUGAGAAGAGUUUUGAUAAUUAAAAAAAAGUGAGUUGAUCCAGAUGCAACCAGUGGACAGAUUUACACAACACAAUAUUUCCUCAUCCAGCUCAAGUUUUUCUGAUUGAAGAUAGCAACAUGGAAUGUGACUUCAUUGGGCCUGGUAAAAUGAAGCAGAACAUCUGUGUGACAUGUGUGAAACAGAUGUUUUUCCACCUUGUUCUCCUCUCUUCUUAUGGUCAUAUCGACUUUUUCAUUUAAUCUGCUCCCUGUUCCAAAACACAGAAAUCUACCUUCUAAUUUGUGAAGUAGUUGAUGUUAUUUUGCUGCUCAAGUAAAAGCUUGAUAUCAAACAAGCCCUACUCUAAAUGCAAGAGACUGAUCCACACGCUUGUGUGGCACUAUUACCUUACUUGCUCUCAUAGCUGGCUCUUGUGUGGCUCUUCUGGUACUAUGAAGAGCUGUUUGGUAGCUACAAGAAAGAAACAGGCUCUUGCUGUGCAGAGCUAAAUGAUCUGGAUAAAUAAAAAAUCAUUAAUUCCUAUCGCUGAUAGUAUUUAUGCUGAGCUUAAUUACCCGAAAAUGGAAAGGGAUUCAGACCCUGCUCUGACAUUGUAAGAUAGAUCACAAGCUUGAGCGCAAGUAGACUUGAGGUAAUCUGUAGAUCCCUUUGGACAGGGGCGCCAUAUAGGGGAGAAAAGUUAGGACAAUUCCAAGGGCCCUUGACUGAUAGGGGCCCCCAAAAUUAGGUAAAAACUAACAUUAUUAAACCAUUAUCGAGUAAAUAUAUUUAUUUCAAAUAUAAUGAUACAAUUAUUGAUUUCUUUGUUUUUACUUGUUAAAAAUCCCAAUUGACCACAAAGUAAACAUCCAUAUUGACCGACCACCCCCUUGUAUCUGCAUGAAAUGGUUUGAUCCUGCAGCUGCCUUAGCACACUUAUUAAUGGCAGUCAGGACAGGAGAUGAGCCUGCUCGGAGAAGUUACUGUUAUGAGUGUUGGGUAAAUAUGCAAACCAACCUGUAGUGGUGCAUGAGUUUUGAGGGCAAACAUUAAUGUAAUCACUAACGAUGUGGGAGUGUAAAUUGCAAUCAACCAUAAAGGUGAUUGUUGAAUGGGAGAUGCUAACCCCAUAUAACAAAACACAAAAUCUGCACAGGACAGCCAGUUUUGUUAGAGUUGAGGAACAGAUUCCAGUGGCAUCAAAGAAAUGUAUGAUGAUUCUGUGAGAAUUAGUCAACUUAACACCAAAAGGAUGAAGAGUUUAUUACUACUUUCAUCUUUGAUUUUAGGUCUUAGAAAUAGACUAAUAUCUUUAACUGUGUUGAACAAUAUCAAACACAUUUUUUGAUAAUGACCAUCAUGCAUUGUUCCAAACACUGGUAUUUGAUUCCACUAUCAACCAAGAAAAUCAAUAUGAAAUACAUCCAGGAAUGAGUUAGCCUGACUUGGGAAUGACCUGUACAUCCCCUUAGUCCUUUAAGGUUGUAGAGAAGGAAGUAGUUGGCAUUUGCAGAGCUCAUCAUAAUGAACUCUUGACUGUGUGGCUGAGUGGUCAUGGACAAAGAGAAGGUAGUUUAAAGGAUGUGAUAACUUUGGUGAAGAUGGCUGCCACAGACUGGUUGGUUUCCUGAAUCUUCACUCAGUACUGGCUCUGCACAAAGAAAAUAGCAUUUUGAUAAUCAGCAAUGUCUGCAGGAGAUUCAGGACGAUGGUUUUACAGCUCUCUCUGUGUGUGUGUGUGUGUGUGUGUGUGUGUGUGUGUGUGUGUGUGUGUGUGUGUGUGUGUGUGUGUGUGUGUGUGUGUGUGUGUGUGUGUGUGUGUGUGCUCUUGGUCCGUUUGGCACACUGUCAGGGGCUGGCAUAUUCCGCUCCAAACAGCUGUAAGGUCCCCUCCUCUCCACCAUGGACCAAUUCAUGCAGAAGCUGUCCUUUGAGAUAUGCCCAAAGUCUUCACUCCGUGUGUGUGUGUGUGUGUGAGAGAGAGAGAGAGAGAGAGAGAGAGAGAGAAUCAAAAUUGUACAGUUGAUUGAGCACAUGAUGCAAAUGAUAUACAUGAUGUAUUUUUCUAUGCGCUGGUGCACCGACACUGCGGUGGUUUCUACAGGCACGGGGCAGUUUUUCUAGUACUGUAUCAACUCCACAGCUUUCUGUACCCAAGCCAAACUCAAGCUGGUGAGUCACAAAGGAUGAGUCCAUCAUUAGUGUAUCUUAAAGUAGUGGUGCUCCUCUGGUCCAAAGCCAGGGCAAACCCUCUUUGAUAUGAUGUCAUCUUAAGUGAUUCACUGUAUGCCAGUCUGGUUUGCAGAGUUCUGUGUAUACUUGAUGGUUUGUUUGUUUGUAAGAUAAACAAGUGCCACAAAAGACAUGUUUUAACAUAGCGACUUUAGUAAUUCCAUGGAUCUAAUUUAAGUAUUGAUUAAAAAGUUACUUUUUCAAGUUACAGGACAGGACAGCUGGGGGUUUUCAUGGAGAGGCAAGAAAUGAGCUGCAUUUGGAGUUGUUGUAAAAGACGCUGCAAUUCUGCUUAUUUAACAGCUAUAGCAUCAAGAAAACAACAACACUUGUUAGCGUGAAAACUAUGCAAAAUUUACCCUGCUAAGCAGGCACUAUUAGGCCAUACUUUUCUGGCGUGUUAGUUUUGACCGAGGUAACAUACAUGAUUGUUUUGGGCCAGAUCCAAAAAGAGAGACGACCUCUGUUGACCUCCCUCAUAUUAAAAUGCCAGAGCUAACAGCAGAAUUUAGCAUGUUUACAAAAUGAUGGUGAAAUGCUUUUGGUCUUAAUACCUCUCUAUUCAUGAGGCAUAUCAACAUUUCCUUAAUAGUUACUAAGAAUUUAAGAGCUAAUUUAGCUUAGAGUUGAAUUGUUUGUUUCUCCAGACAUCACAUGUAGAAUCUCACUGUGUGAGGAAUACAUGGGUGAAUAACCUCAAUAAAUUAACUAUUAGUUGUCACUUAACCCUACCACCCCCUCAACCAUAUAAGCUGUGCAAUCUUCUUGCCCUAGACUACCACAAGCCAAACAUGAGACCUCAUUUGCAGUUGAGUACCUGAUCGGUCAUGUUGCAAGGGCCAUGCUCAUUUUCUACAGUCUGUGGUUUUCAAUUUUUGGGUGUUUUCUGUUUGUUUGUUUGUUUUGAUUUAAUAAGCCCAUAAAAGGCUUUUACAUGUGCAAAUGAUGGCUACAGAUUUACAUGUUAUUUUGAGAGACUGAGGCAGAUUUACUAAUUACACUUUGAAAGUCACCCACCACAAAAGCGAAUCUGGUGAACAUUUGUGUGUGGCAAUUUAGCAUCUGCUACUGUUUGCAGACUGUGGCAGCAGUUAGGACAGCUGAACUAAAGACGUUACACAGCUGCUCAUGAAGGUACCUUCAGCAGUGAUGGUAUGUUGAUGGAAACACCAAGAUGAUGCCUUUUGAAAAUCUCUGUUCCAGAGACAAUUUUGGUUCCAUCAGUGUCAAAAAUAUCUGUAACAUCUUGAAGCCAGAACUCACACUGAAAUUUAUCCAAGCCAUUUAACUCGAGGACUCCAGCUGCACAACAGUCACUUAUUUAAUUUCAAUGACAUCAAUCAUAAAUGUGUGUAGCUGAGUUAGAAAAAUGUGGCUGAUGUCACAGAAUCUUGUUGUUUUGAUUGAGCUCAGUGAACACUUCACAUAUUAUGACUGAGACGAAGAGCAGCCCAAUUUCUGCAUGUGAAUCAGAAAAACAGAUACUGAAGGUCGGUUGUGUAAUAGACUAAUGUAACAUGCAUUGUAUCAAUUCUGCUGUUACUCACGUCUUUUAAAAAAUCAUUUCUUUGGUAUGAUCCAAGUGAGCCUUAACUGGGUGGCCAUGUAUCGCUGAUUGAACACCUACCACAUGGCUAUUAAUGUUCAAGUAAAGAGGUUAUUCUGUCUUUUCACUGCUGGACUCUGGUUUGUGGGGGUCAUAUAAGAGCAUCAGAGUAAAUUUUGGUUUUCAAGCUUUAACAAAAAUAUUUGUUAAAAAAAUGAUAAAUUUCAGCUCAGUGAGUUUAUAGGAGGCAAAAAUAUAUUCAACAAUUAUCGAAGGUAGUGUUAGUAUCAUAUCUUCAUUGACCUGUCACCAUUACAUCAAAUGUUGUUGUGAUAUGCAGGUAUUAACAAAGUGCUGCAUGAUGUUCAAGAUACACAUUUGUUCAUGAGCUCAAGCACACACAUACAUGGACACGCAUACACACACACACACACAAGCAAAACAGUGGAGUGAACAGAGAUAAACAGGAUUGGGUAUAUUUUCAGGAAUUUUACAACAUAAAAUACAAUAAGUCAAAGUUUUAAUCUAAAAAAAAACAAUUUCUUGUUGCCCACAGCCAUUUCUAAAAACUGCUUUUGCAGAAUUUAUCAGCUGUUUGUACAUCAGCAUAUUUUUGCUUUACCGUCAACCAACGUUAAUGGCUUAGCGUUGGUUUUACUGCUUCUUGUGUGUGACCAAGAGAGUCGUCUAUAACUGAGCCAGGUCUGAAUGAGGUGAGAUGAUUUUAAGACAAGGUGGCAGCUGGCCCGUCAGGUCAGAGCUGAACCUCUGUCUCCCUCUGAACCAAGUGACGAUGGUCUGCCAUCUGUGACUCAGGAAGGGAAAGGUUAGCCUGUCGUCUCCUGUAGGUGAACAUGUCGACCUUAAGAAGACAUAAACAUAGUGCACUAAAGAGCACCAGAGUGGAGACAGUAUGCACAAAGAAAAGAGCAUAAAGAAAUGGAAAUGUCAUGAAAACACUUUCAGACUACUUAUAUAACUAUACACCAAGAAGGGAAGCUAGAAGGAAAAAAAGAAACUUAAAUGCCAUGCCUGGUCAAAUUGUUGGACUAAAUUAGGGCUUUCAGCAUUAACAUGUUGAUCAGGAUAUGUUCAAGGUCUGAAAUUCAUGUGUGUGGAUUUAUUAACAUUUUGGCACACUGUAGUUAAGCCACAGCUGAAUUCUCCUGCUAUUGCUGUAAAACAUGUGGGUUCCUCUGUGCUUUCGAAUAGUGAAUUUUACUAACCAAGAUCUCCCAGAUGGCUCAGUUAACCAGUCAAAGGUGAUACACACAAGUGUGCCAAACCAGAUCAAUAUAGUUUGAGCUACCAUGGCUGAGCCAAGCAUACAGGCACAGCAAAUCAAACUGAUGUCAGUGGGCAACCACUUCACCAGAAGACCAGAAGAGAAGUACUUUGGAGUGCAAAAAUCAUAUCAGUGAUAAUGUUAUAACGUCAGUGAUAAUGUUAUCUUUUCACCUUUUGACUAAAGGUUUCAGACCAUACUCGUGAAGUAGUGCAGCAUUUAUUUGUAUACUAAAUAUAAAAGUCUAAUUCAUAGAGUACAUUUCACUGCAUUGAUGUGAUUUCUAAAUCAUGGCACUGAUAAAAACUGCUUUAUAUUCUAACAAGGACUCAAUAUGGACUUUGUUUUGAAACUUGAAUUUUAAACAUGCAUACAGAAAUGCAAUUGAUUGCAAUUAACCUUUUUGUGAUUAAACAUGAUUGAAAAAUUUAAAUGUUGACAGCUCCAAUUAAGCUCUUUUUUUCAUGUAAUUGAGAAAAAGUGAGAACAAAUAGUUUUGAUAAAGUGAAAGUGUUGUAUUAUCCCAGCAAGGUUGUGAUUGCUGUCCUUCCUUUGCCUGUCACCUGACUGAGGACCUCUUUCUGUGUCAUGGUUUUUGUGUUGGAUUGCAUGCUUUCACUGGUCAUUUAAAGUCCCACUCAGGUCAUUUUCUUACUACCUAAAUUGUUCUCAGUGGUUUUUAAAUUAUGAUUAUGACGUUUUUAGCUAAAAUCACAUAACCUGUGUCAUUUUCAAGGGCUUUUCUUCUGCAGAGCUCCUGUAGCUCAUUCGCAAUGGGGGGGGGGGCAGCACUGCUCUGCACAACCCUCUUCACGCUACAUUGCAGCCCAACAUUGCCAGUGUAGUAGAAGUAGCAGGUAACGUAGGAGCUAUUUAUCUCUGAGACACUAAUGUCGUUGGGGGCAUGAUGAAAGUUAAUAUCAUAAUUAGCUUCCUUCAGAGCAUUGCAAUUCACUAAUGCACACACUUGUUGCGCGGUUGUCCUCUCUACUUCUCAGAAUCUGGCCUGCAUAGUGGUGCUCCGGGGGCGGAGCUUGCAGUUGUGACAUAGGAAAUCUCACUCUGUCUGAGUUUGCCGUUUGGGUCUGCUAGAGAUUCACAGCGAUUUGAAUGCAGAAAUACUCAGAAAUGCAGUUCCGCACUUACUUUUCUCGUGAUGUGUCCUGUAACAUCAGAAAAAUGGCAUACACAAUGAACAUGUAGACAACAAGACAAACAUGAUUUUCAUCAGAGUGGGUCUUUAAGUCCCGAGCAGAUUAUACUAGAGGAUCAUAUGACAUUUAAAUCGGAUGCUCCCAUCUCAAAAAGUGCAGAUCAUUUUAACCACGGGGUGCAGGGACCUGGUUCCAGCUGAGUCACAUAACACAGUGGCCCCAAGAACCCUUUGGAAGAAGGAGGGCACAAAGAAAGGACAGUGGUUUAAAAAUAAAUGGAGUUUCUCUGCCUGCUUGUGUUUGUUGAAGCUUACAGAGAGACAGAGAGAGAAAGCUGGAAGAUAGUGGGAGAGAAGAAUCAUGUGUAUGCAGGGCACAACGAGCUCCCUGCGCAGGAAGGGAUUAGCCACCACUAAAUGAGCUGAUUUUGUUCUGUGGUGUCGCUGCUGAAGCAAAGAUCAGACAGCAUUCACGAGACAUGGCACUGUUAUCACGUGUUUGUGUAACCUAUGCAGCGGAUGAAGACGUGUAUUUAGCAGCCAGACAAGUUCAGUUUGAUCACGGCCUUCGAGUUUGAUAAGUGAAACUUUUUAUUGAUGCACUACCUGAAGACAAUGUGUAAAGUCAGAAAUCAUUCCACAAACCAGCUUUCUUUUGCCUUUUAAAUGAGUGUUUUCUGCAAAAAUAUUAAAUUAAAUCACUCAGUUGGUUUUGUGAUCAAGUAAACUCCUUAUUUUAGCUUUAACAAACUGCUAGUUAUGAGUAAAACUGCAGAGAUACAGUACAUGUGAUGUACAGAUACAAUGUGUUAUGUUAGGCUAUGACACAGUGAAUUACAAUCUGAAGAUUUGAUAGAAUACAUUAAGAUAAAAUGGAAUACAAUACAAUAUGAUACCAUACCACAUGAAAACGCAUUUACCUGCUUCCAUAGAGAACGUGUAUAAGAAACAACCCGAGCACAAUUGACAAUCACAUGACAUAUAAAUAUGAUAUUUGUAGUAAGUACAGAAAAAAAGAGAAAGAGGAACACCAUGAAGUUACAAAAAAAAAAACCCUCAGUCUGAUCAAUCUUUUGUCUGACAUAAGUCUUAAAAGUUCACCUGUCUGCCACCCCACUCUGCUCUCUUUUCUGAUUUCACCUGAUGUUUUCUCUGUGGUGAAAUUCUGCUCAAAUUUGCUCAGUUAUAGACCUCAGCAGUGAAAGCAAAGAAGACUAUGUGUUUGUCUCUCUCUGUGUGUGCACACUGUGGCUAAUGCUUCUGCCUGAGUGAAGCGGGUGAGAUAUUUUUACUCUGUGCUCACAUACAUACACAUUACAUUCUCACAUCAAAGUCCUUAAACACUCUGAUAAACACACACACACAAACACACACACACACACGGAAGUUACAUGCUCUGAGGCACGCAUGCAGCCAUGCACAUACAAACAGGAGCAUAUGAAUGAAGAGAAAUGCUGUAUGAAUGCACAGGCCUGAAUGCACAUGGCAAAUGCACAUAUGUAGAUAUACACUAAGGGUCAGUGCCUGGGCAGAUAAGAGGGCAAGAGACACAAGAUUAGAAUUACACAGGCUAAUUGUAUAUUACAUGAACUAUGCAUUAGGCCAGUUAAGAUCCCCAAAGGAAUAAUGAUAACUGUGAUUUUGAAAAUAGCAAAGUUCUGCAGAGCAAUAAAUCCGAGUUAACAGCUGAGGUUUUUAUCAAGUAUAUUAUUGACUUUGAAAAAAUUAGGUCCAUGUGUUUUUCUUGCUGACACAUCUCUGCAUGACAGUCCAAAAAUGGACAAGACAUCUCUACCUUUUCAAAAGUGAAGCCAACAAUCACUGUCUGACUGAUGCUUACAUCUUACACUGGUGAUAACUUUGAAUUAGGAAUUAGCUACUCCCCCAGCCAUGAGACCCACUUAAAGGGAUAUUCCAGCAUAAAAUAAUUUAGGGACAAUCACACCAUAACACCGAGUUAGACACCCUGUUGAGAGAUGAAUAUUGCAGACCGCUUGCUUCUCUAGUUAUACCAACUUUAGUAACGACCACAGGAUAGCAAUACACAGCGGUCUGAGGAGCCAUAAACAAAGCUCAACCACAACGCCAUUCUAUAGCCAAAAAUAAUGCUCAGAACAGCACCUAACUUCAUCAACGGUACAUAUAGGGUCCCAGCCAUAGCACUAGCCACCAAAUAUCUUUUUAACUUUGCCUAAUUUCUUUAACAAACAGACCAAACACAACUCACCCACUCUCCUCCAGCAGCCGCUUGUUUGUAGUGAGACCUUGGGCCAGUCCAUUCCGGACUGCUGCAGGGUGAUGCAGCUCAAGGAAGAACAUUUGUGUUGUGUUUAGUCUCUUUGUUAAAGAAAUUAGGCAAAGCUAAAAAGAUAUUUGGUGGCUAGUGCUAUGGCUGGGACCCUAUAUGUACUGUUGAUGAAGUUAAGUGCUGUUCUGAGCAUUAUUUGUGGUUGAGCUUUGUUUAUGGCUCCUCGGACUGCUGUGUAUUGCUAUCCUGCGGUCGUUACUAAAGUUGGUUUAACUAGAGAAGCAAGCAGUCUGCAAUAUUCAUCUCUCGACAGGGUGUCUAACUCGGUGUUAUGGUGUGUUUGUCCCUAAAUUAAUUUUAUGCUGGAAUAUCCCUUUAAGUGACUCAGAGCAUGGCAGGUUGAUUUAUUUAUUUAUUUUUGCUUGUGUUGAUCAUUCUUUUGUCAUUUCCCCUCGUUUCUGUAAUUCAAGUGCACCCAAUGUCCCAGGAGUCACAUUUGUCAACAGAACUGUCAAUCAUGGUUGACAAAAAAACUUUGAGGUGCUUCAAGGUAACUCCAAGCAACAAAAUCUGCAUUUCUGAAUAUGUUUCAGCUGCACAAAUGUGCUGUUUUUUCAUUAUUUGUAAAAAGGUCUAAUCUUAAUAGAAAGCACCAACUGAAAAGGGUCAUCAACUUUUUAAGGGUUGCUUCGCUCUCUUCUUAAAAUACACUCAACCACAGUUUUGUGUACUCCUUAGAUUGGUUCGGUUUAAAUGAUAGUAGCAAGAAACAAUUGGUAAGCGACAGCCUCCCCCAUCUCUGUCUCAGUCUCUCUUUCACUCAGUUUCAUCUCUCUCUUUUCUCUGUCUUCAUAAAGAGUGUCCUAGUUUUUUUUUUCCUACUAGUCAGGCAGAGAAAAAGGCUGAACAUUUGAGGCGUUUUUCUUCUCCCGAGGCAGCCACUUGACACAACGAUGCCUAUCGACUUGAAUGGAGCAGGUGGUCUACGGUGUUGGUGCAUGCGUGUGGCGUCUGUGAGGGGGUUGAAAAAUGACUAGUGCAGCCCACAAGUGGAUGCACCUUUCAGCCUGUCAGCCUCUAAAUGUGAUCCUUACCUCCCCACUCUGCGCUGGCAUUGUUUCUUCCUUUGCCGCUCUUAUCACGUUCUCUUGUUUGAGCACUCCUCCUGCUGCCUUUGAAAUGCCUCUUAUUUGACUUAUUUAGCAAGCUAGCCAUCUUGAAGUAUUCUCUGUUACUUUUAGUGCCUCUGUCUGGUUUUAUUUCUCUCUUUCUUGUUUAUUUUUUUUUCAGUUUUCGCUGUGGAGGCUGUAUGUAUUUGAUGGUAGGUUUGAUUGCUGGUGGUUAAGCCUGAAGCCUUUGGCUCAGUCUCAUAAUCCCCAACCAGCCUCCGCUUUUUCACUGUGUUCAUUCAUGUCUUCAUUUAGGUCUUCUAGACUUGCUUUAGGUACAUUUAAGUCUCCUGAAACCCUGCUACCUACUCUUUAAGGUCGAGAGAUAAUACUAGGUGCUGUUAACAGAAGUCCUAAACUAAAGUUCAAAUACACCUAACAUUGAUUUGGAAAAGUGGUCUUCCCAAAGCCAUGUGGGUCAGGGGAGAUGAGGGCAAACGGAAAUGUUUCAGAGCUUUGUUUGCACUGCAGAUGGAUUUCGUUCCUCUACCCUGGCUUCUCUUUCUUCCUCUCUCUCCGUUGCUUUCUCUCUCCCUUUUUUUCUGUCUGUCCCUCUCUAUCUCUUGUUCCCUGAGGAGCCCAGCUGGGAGAGGCAGAUAAACACACGGGGGCGCGGGGCUUAAGCACCCACCCUCCUUCCACAAUGCCACGCUCUCCUGUUCAAAGGCCCCUGCCAGAAAUGAGAGGGGCUAAACCCGAGCCGAAAAUCACAGGGAGAGGAGGCAGCUGCGGAAGAGGGGGAGAGCGAGUAUACAGACACACAGAGAGUGAGAGAGAGCGAGGGGGAGAUGUUUAUCUGCUGGUGUUUGUGAUAAUUAGGAGGGAGUAUUUCCUCUCUCUCCCUCUUCUGGUCACUUCUGCCAUUUGUUUUUUUUUUCAGAUAAGCACAUGCCACAGUCUACAUGCCCAGUUUUUAUCGAUGCUUUUGCCUACACAUGAUUGAGCUGCAUAUGUUUACUGUGUUUGCAGAUGUUUGAGCACAUUUUCUUCUGUUUGUUUGCACGCUUUCCUGUAACAAAACCAACCAAAAUGAAACAAAAUUAACUGCAGUGAAAGCCCUUGAUCCCUGCAGAGGUGCCAUCUGUGCACCACAAUAGCCAGGCAGGCAGCAUUCAGCCUUCACCUGAGGCCCAAAGCUGCAGAAAGCCACUGGAAAUAUGAGUUCUAGUUUGGCUUUGAUCUGGGCUGACAUUACGCAGCUUUAGCUGAACCCUUAGUGACCCAGAUUAGCCUUGCAAAGCAUCACCUGGCAUGGUGUGGUUACGCACGUUUGCAGUUCAACAAUAAGCAUUUACAAAGACAAUCAGUAAGAGUACCAGACUUUUUACUUGUGAAGAUUUUUUUAGUUGUGUUCGUUAGGGUUGGACUCGUGCUGUAGUGCUUUAGUGUAACAACAUAGAGAUUCAUUUACCCAUUUAAGGAAAUAAAGUUUUGAUUGAAGGACGUCUUGCUUCUUACUGUGAGCUUAAAGAGUUGAGAUAGCUAGAUUGGUACUUUCUGCAGGCUCUGCAACAAGGUGACAUAGAUCAACUGAUAAUGUGUGCUUACUCAGCUCUUAUUGGAAGAGCUGUCUGUCUGCUUUGUUUCUAGCUCCUGAAAGGUGUCGUAGAUCUAUUCAAUACAUAUAUAAAACUUUGACUGUAAGUCAAUAGCUCUUGGAUUUUCUUGACUUCUUAAUUUGUUCUCCUUUUCUUCUUGCCCACUGUGAAGACCCAAACAGUGAGGUGAGAGAAAACAAGAUCUCUCCACUGAGUUUCAAGGAAACUUUGCAAAAUAAGAUUUGCGAUAAGGCUAAACUAAAUUUCACUCAGAAUAUGGUGACAACAUCUGGCUUGUCGAACAGAUCUCAGUACAAUCUUUUUCUUCCUUGUGUUUUAUGGCAGACCAAUGUAUGACCCUUACCAGCUUUUACACAAGAUAAAUCAGGGACUGUAUAUCUUAAAAAGUGAGUAAAAAUAUAUAAAAAUAAAAAAAACAAGACAAAAAAAUAACAACUCGCAUGUUCAACAUUUAAAAUUUGAUCUUGGGAUACUGGAUAGAGAUACAAAACUGUUGCCCAUAAAAUACCUGUAUAGCAAUAUCAAAUGACAGAGUGGCUGACGAUUAGUUAUCUUCUCUGACUGAUAUUUUCCACAGUUGGAUGCUGUGUUUUUCAUCCAUACCUUUUUUAGUGCUAUAUUUAAACACUGUCAUGCUGCUGCAGGGUUAAUUAUGUAAAGCCAGAGAUAUCCUUGACUGUUAACUUCAAAAUUAAUAAAAUCCGUACGAACAGAAAACAAUUUUGCGUUUCAUUCUGUGGGGUUAGACUUUGGAAUGGUAUGGGUGAGGAGUUAAAACAAUGUCCAAACAUAAAACAGGUUAGAACAAAAUAUAAAGAAUAUGUUUUUACAGGAUACAGGAAUGUACAUUCAUAGUAAACAUUAUCAUCAUUGUUUUGUUGUUGUUGUUUGUUAUUUUUACUGUGGUGAUUUUUUAUUUUUUAUUGCUAUUAUUACUAUGAUGAUUAAUAUUAUUAUAUAAUGAUAUAAAUGAUAUAUAUUUAAACCAUUAGUGUAGAUAAUGGGUGGGACUAGAUAAGUCUCGACUUCUUCCCACUCCUUUUUGAACUCGAACAACUUUUUGUCAUUUGUUGUUGUAUUCUUUACUUUUUUAUUGUUAUUUCUUUUUUAUAUGUUCAAAAUAAACUUCAAUCAAUCAAUCAAAGCUACAAAUAUGCAACUUCUUGAUGGCCGCCUCACACCCCCAGCAUUUGUUUAGUGCGUAGGCUGUGCAAGUCCUCAAAACAUUAACAUGACGCAGAGACAAGGGGCAGUACACCAGUGAAAGGUGGGGUUAAUGUAGAUGCCGAGGGGAUAAGUCAGUCCAAAGAGCAGCAGAGACAACCACAGCAGGCCGUUUCUAAGACAAGCUGAUGUGCCAAAGUCUGCAGUGAACCACAUCCGUGUGUCAUUGGUACUGCACAGCAACUCACCAAGCUGGGAGAGGCCUUGUGUGAUCCUCUCUUGCUUAUAUAAAAAUAACUGAGGGGGCAGAGCAUUCUCACACAAAUACUCAAAAACAACCAAAAAAUUAACUCCAUAGUACUAAUACAGCAUGGUACAUACGAUCGCUAAUAAAUACUUUUCAAAAUAAAGCUGGCUUAGAUGGGUUUGGACUAAGCUCCAGGCUCAAAGAAGCAACAACAGUAAGGUCAGGCUUUAAAAAUAAGGCAUAAACCUUGUUUUACAUUUAUCUCACCCUUAGUCUUAAUAAUUGAGAAAAAAAGCUGAACAAAAACAAGGAAAACCAAAAGCUAGCACUGCUCAGGAACAAGAGAAUCAAUACUGUUCAGGUAUCAAAUGGGGGGUUUAAUAUACAUCAGCCUGGACAGUCACAGAGGACUUAUAUCAGUCUUUACUUGCAGCAGAUACAGAUAUUCACCUUGUUUUUAAAGGCAACAAAAAUCCUUUAGGGAGUGCCAUUGGCAAUCGGGGUCAAAACUUGCAAAAAAACAGUUCAUACAAAUCCAUUAAACAAACCACAAAAGUCAAACACGUGAGGAUAAAGCAUAACAAGCCAUCGAAGUUAAUACCAGCAGUCACUCAUCACACAGGACACAGAGGAAAGCCUCUUUACAGACUGAGAGUUCAGCUGAUCUUUAAAGAAGGUGGGUGAAAGAGCUCCACCAGGUACACUUCACACAUGCUCAGGCUGACCUAAGGUGGGCUGACCCUGGCUUACCCUGCUACAUAUGCAGAGCCCUUAGUCACCAUGAUAACGGACGAGAAACCUGACAGAACAAAACUGAUUAUUGUUUAUCUGUUGUAAAAGUUGAUAUCUUAACACAGGUGUUCAUGGAAACCCCUCAGCUUUUGAACAGCUACAGCUUUUUGUAUUCUGCAUUUGUGUCAUAUUUUAACAUGAUGUUGCUGUUUGGGUUGACUGCCAAUAAAAAUGAACAGGAUUCCUUUGGAAGCUAAUUAGGUAUGAUGAAGAUGAGGUUUGUUACUCCUCUGUUGCUGUGGCUAUCACACUCAUUAAAUAACAACAACAACAACAACAACAAUAAUAAUGAUAAUAAUAAUAAUAACAACAACAACAACAAUAUAAAAUAUAAUAAUGAUAAUAAUAAUAAUAAUAAUAAGAAGAAGAAGAAGAAGAAGAAGAAGAAGAAGUAGGCCUGUCUAAAAUAAUAUGUCUUCAGACGGGAUUUGAAAAUGGACAGUGAGUCAGUGUAAACUCCACAAAGUGUAUGCCACAGCCUGUCCUGUUGAUUUGUCAAAAGCAGGAUUAAAGAAACAGGUGGAUGUCAGAGCUGUCUGCUUAUUCACCAUAAAUGGACCAAGAGACUCUAACUACAUCUGAUAUUUUUGGCCACUGUCAAAUGCAACAGAGGACAACUUGAUGAAGCCUUGGUUUCUCUCCAUAAAUUCCUGUGACCAGAAAUAGAUAAUCCAUUUUCUCCGUGUCUUCACUUACCCUGAGGCCAGAAAAAGUGAGCAUGUCAUAGUGGGCAUGUCACAGCUGUUAGAAACUUUAUUUAGCACAGUAUAAAAAACCAUUGUGCUUUGUAAGUUAGGACAGCUUUCCUUGUCAUUGCUGUAGUUACAGCAAAUUAUCUAUCUGACUAUCCUGUAAUGUUAUCUUUUUCUUCUAGAAACUGCAGAAAGAUGAUACCAGUCAAAUCCACAAACACACACUCUUUGUUCUACAUUUGGCUUGUUUGCACCUCACUAUGAUUCAUAGUUUGUAUUUUCUGCAGGGGGUGUCACCAAGGGAUGUGAUGAGCAUCUCCGUGAGCAUGACAUUUAGCUCAGCUGAAUAUCCAGAUAUACAUGGUAAAUAGCGCCCUCCUGAGGCUGAAAGGCAUUUAAGCAAAAUCUGCUGGCAAGCUGCACAUUUAGAUGCUUGUGCUGUGUGUGUUUGUUUGUGUGUGUGUGUGUGGGGGGGGUGCUCAUGCUAACGAGGCGUCAGCUCAGAUUAUGGUGAUCAUGCUCAUGAGAACUCUCAAGGCAAUACAAGCUUUAUAUGGAAAAAGUAGGCUAAAAGACAGGGAGCAUAUUAAAGAUAGUGUGUGUGUGUGUGUGUGUGUGUGUGUGUGUGUGUGUGUGUGUGUGUGUGUGUGUGUGUGUGUGUGUGUGUGUGUGUGUGUGUGUGUGUGUGUGUGUCUUUCUGUUUGUCUGUUUGUCAUGUUUCAUUUUCUGCAUUUUAUCAUUUCAUCUGACUACUACUUUACUUACUGACUAAUUUUCUUGCUGUUGUCUCACCAAGCAGUCACCAACAGAUGUCAGUGAUUAUGUUAGAAAUGGGUCAAAUUUAUUGCCAAAAUUUUUUUUUUCUUUCUCUAUGCAGCUUUUUGCCAUUUUUGCAUUUGCAACUUGUGGGGGCUAUUCUGGACAGCUACGUGUCAGUGUAGACUGCAUGGAGAAGGCCAGCAGCAACCUCAGCAUUGCCAUUGACUUUUCUUAUCCCUUCAGGUGGGUGAACUUAUUUUAGCCUUAGUUUGACCACAGGGGACAUGAACCUUUGUUUAUAUAAAUGUGCAUUAUGAUGAUAGCCACACUUGUGGGAAUGCAUGCUCUCAAGUCCUCUGUCAGUGUUCAAUAUUAUAGAAAUAUGUUUUCAAACUUUGCACAUGAGGAGUAUGCUGUUUUUCUUUGAAGGACAAAUACAGCAGUAUAGUACAACUUAGUUCUUCAAAGGAGUACAAACGUUCACUGCAACCAGUAGGGUUCCUGCAUUUGAAAAUCAUACUGAACAGAAAAUGUUAUCAAAGCCUUGGAACACAUUAUAAUAAUACAGUUUAGACCAUGUAUAAAGGGUAGCAAAAAUGUUUCAUUUUGACAUUAAUACUUUCAAAUCUGUCUUCAAAUUUCCUCAACUGUAUAACAAAUAAAUUUAAAUGUUCAAGUGUGACUUGACUGAAUUACAACGGAUCCAUCCAUCAGCAUGCUCUUAAAAAAUGAUAAUAAUACUAAUAUCAUCUUCCAGAAUAACACUUCAAGAGGAUGAAAUCAAUCUUGUUUGAUUUCAAGUAUGAUUUGAUGUAGGAGACAAGAGUGCCGAAAGGAUUAUACCAGCAAGCAUUAGAGGGAAGACAUCUAAGUUCAGAGUUAAAGUCAGGUAAAAUUUGAUGAGUAACCCAGCUGUGCCAAAGUACAGCAAAGUGUAUAUAGUAUAUUACUGCUAUUUCAAAAAUGAUGGCCUUUUACUGUAAAUUACACAUUGCUUCAUAAUUGUACCCAUUAUGCUUCACAAAGUACAGUAACUAAUGGUGGAUUUAUUCAGCGUUUUGCCAUAUAAUACUGAAAAAUUACAGCAAAGACUAAUGAUGUUGGGUUAAGCAAACACCAGUAAAAAAGUGCAUUUCUUGUAUUAAGUGGAAUUUGAACCCUCUACCUCCCUCUAUGUGUAUCAGGUUGUAUCAGGUGUCAUUUGAGGCUCCGGCAUGUGAGGCCAUGAGGAGGGAUCGUGUGUUCCUCACCGGCGACUAUUCGUCUUCUGCAGAGUUCUUUGUCACCAUUGCAGUCUUUGCCUUCCUGUAUUCCCUCAUGGCCACCGUUGUGUACAUCUUCUUUCGGAACAAAUACCAUGAAAACAACAGGGGGCCCCUUAUUGUGAGUACAGAUGGCUUUUUUGUCAAUAUCACAUUUAAUGAUCCUACCUUUAAAACUUCCUGUAUACCCUCUACCUGAAGACAGUCAUACAAAACAAUGAUGAACAAAGCAAGCCAUAUCAUUCAUCUUACUCUUAAAACCCUUGUCUCUUUAUUCAUGCUUUAAGGACUUUGUGGUGACAGUGGUGUUCUCCUUCAUGUGGCUGGUUGGUUCCUCUGCUUGGGCCAAGGCUCUGUCUGAGGUGAAGUUGGCAACUGACCCUGAUGAGGUGCAGCUCCUCAUCUCUGCCUGCAAGCUCCAGACAAACAAAUGUGGCUCUGUGCAUGGGCCACGCUGGUCUGGACUCAACACCUCAGUGGUAGGUUUACAGGAUGUGGGACCCCAAACACUAAGAACAUGCAUACACAGCAGCUUUAAAAUAUGUAUUUUAACUGGGUAAAGUAAGGUGUCUUGAAGUAGCGUGUAAUGAAUAAUCGUCAAGCUAACAGAAAUAAAUAUUCAUGUGUUUUAUGGCUUCAGUGGUAAAGUGAGAUAGAGCAUAUAUCCAGGUAAGGACUUAGUUUAGUACCAGGAAGCAGCUUGUGAAAUUAAGAGAUUAUUCUUCAGCGUGUUUAGAUAUGUCUGUUGGUAUCCCUCAGGGGUCAGUGUUGAGUCCACAAUUGUUUUUUUUUGUAUCUGAUGUGAUGUAUACAAAAUAUUCAAAUACAAAGCUGGUUCAUUUUUAAGUAUUUCUUACUUACUAUUACUUAUUUAUGGAGGAGGGGUAGGAGUCAAUAAAUUGUGUUCCAGUUUUCAGCUUUUCAUUAAGUUUGAUGUCCGUCAGCAGUUGUAUGACCACUGUUUGUUUCUUUGAACAUGUUCUAAAUAAGGACUUAAUUCAUCCCAGUAAAUGUUUGCAAGGGAAAUCUGCUUACGUAGUUGAAAAUGUCAAAAGCACCCAUAUAAAUUAAAAGAAAAUCAGAGUAAAAAGGUGAUGUUAUGAGUGUUUAUCACUGACUAGAAUCACUUUGUCUCAUUCUCUUUCUCUCCAGGCUUUUGGGUUUCUCAACUUUGUCCUUUGGGCUGGGAAUAUCUGGUUUGUCUUCAAAGAGACUGUCUGGCACAAGGGAGGUUCAAAAUUUGCCAGUGGGUCGGCUGAGAAACAGACGGGCACAUUUAACCAGCAACCGUACAACCAGGGGAGCUUUGACCAGUCAGGAAGCUACAACUCCCAAGGCAACUUAGGCCAGGUGUCUGAUUACAGCCAGGUGGGAGAGCCCACCUCCUACUCCAAUCAAAUGUAGCUGUGCCUUUCUGUUUCAGUGGUGGCACCCCUGCACGUUAAACCAAGGCAAUCAGGGGGUGUAAGGGGGAUGAAAGAUUUUGAACCGUUCAGUUUGUCUUCAACUUGUCUGUGCAAAAAAAAAAAAAAAAAAGGAAAAUAGAGGUGUCAGAGGACACCCACUGUAGAUACAGGUGUGGUGAAUACAGGUUAUCUGUUUGGUAUUGUACAAAAUUAAAUAUAGUCCAUAACUCCUCCUCUGUCUUCAGUGUUGGUUGCUAAACGUCGUACUUCCUCUUAUUUACAAAAUCAAAGCUCUCUCUUUUUUUCUCUUAGUAAUAGACAGUCACUGUUACCACAGAGUAUCUUUUUUAAAUGGUUUACACUGUUGUGAAAGGAAAAAGUGCUUAAGUUUGUAUAAAUCUCAAGUUUCUAAAAUGGUGAUGGCUACGUGCAUGAUGUUGUGAAUGUGUUUUCUCUGUGAAACUUGUUCAACAAAUGCAUUUUAUCUCUCAAAGUUUACAAAACUUUCACUGCCCUUACUCAUCAUUGAAAGAUUCUUGGUAUUAGUGUUGUUAAGUGUUGUGAUUUUUUUUUUAACCUAUUAAGAACUAUAAUUUGAUGAUUGGUAAUUUCUCAUCCAGAAGUUGCACCAGAAAAUUACUAGGGGAAACAUGUUGAAUCACAUCUGUCAGAGCACACACUUCACCCGUUUUCAGACUUUUUUGUGCCAGAAUUCUAGAAAUAUAAAGCAAUAACCAUAUACUGCAAGAUUCUCUUUCAAUAGUGGAAGAAUUCAAACACUGGAGCAUGUUUCUGUGUCUGCUGUCAUUUUAUCUGACUCAUGUAUGGAGGGAGGUUAUUCUCCUUGUUGUUUACAAGUGGCAGUUCCUGUCGCGAAUUACUGUGACGGUUUUCUAAGAUGUACAUAAAUUACAAGGAAAUUGUUAACAUACACUUUACCUCUCUGAAGCAUGUCCAGUUUCUAUUUAUACUGUUUAAGCCCAGCAAAAAAGCACAUCAGCUCCACAGUGAUACAAAAAAGUGAAGAGUGGACUUGUGUGCAAUAACUAAUACAGUGCUUUUUUUAAUCUUUAAAAACAAUCUGGGGUUUAUUUUACACACAAAAAAUGUACAAUUCAUGUAUAACGUCCAAAGGAUAACACUGAGAUGCGGUUUAUCUACAUUGGUAAUACAUGCGCAGCCCUGUUUCUGAAACUCCUUAGCAUGUAGCUUGCAUGGGUGUAAAGCAGAUUAAACAUCCAUGUAUAAUAGUUUGGCAUCCAUGAUAAGUUGUUCAUGCUAAUAAAGAUGCACUAAUUUGCCCUUCAGUGUUUCCAGCCUGCCUGUUUGGAUCACUUUUUCUAUAGUCUCAAUAAAUAAAUACAAAACUAUGAUCUUUGAGCUCCUGACAUGGUAAUCAUAAAACAGUCAGAGAUGCUACCGAGCCAAGGUACACUGAAGAGACCAUUAGGUUCCCAGAGAAUCUUGUGCGUAUUUGUAGCUUACUCUUGUCCCAAAACAGUGUAUUUUUUGCCAUCUGUUCAUGUGUAGUUUACUAACCCCAAGGGACCCUUUAAAGCAGUAAAACACCUACUUUGAGCUCACUCAGUUCCCUACCAGAGACUUUCUCAUUGUAUAUUGUUUGGGAAAUUUCUGUUUCAAGGAUAAAUAAAGGACUUCAAGUCAAACAGUCGG